UGUCAGAGCAGUUCAACACAACACUGUGUGUGUGUGUGUAAGAGAGAGAGAGAGAGUGGCCCUUGACAAUGAGAGUGUGUUUUUAUUUGUGUGUGGGUAUGUAUGAGGCAAUGGAUGUGAAGAUGAUACAGAGCAAAACAUGAAGGUAUUUGCAUAUAUGCACAUAUACAGAGAACGAAAAAGAGAUAGAAAGAGGCACAGAAGAAGAAAAGGACUGUCGUCCAGUAACAAGUUCUUAUUACUGGGAUUGUGAGCUUUAAUCUGAUCAGACAUGCUGGACUAACCCUGGACACGCUGACAGGAGGAACAUUCUAGAAACCAUGGCAGGUGUGGUCUUUGCAUUAUCAAGCCUGUUAUUACUCCAGACAGUCUCCUCUUGCCCCAAGGAGUGCUCGUGUGACACCCACACCAAAGUGGUGGACUGCCGAGGACGAGGAUUAUAUGAUAUUCCACGUAAACUUCAUCAAGACACCCUGGAGCUGUAUCUCCAAAAUAACCAUCUCCGAGGCCUGGGCUCCAUGUCCUUUCGAGAGACACCACAACUUCAAAUUCUGGACCUAGCAAACAAUUCAAUCACAACACUUUCCCCCAGUGCCCUUUUGGGACUUAGAAGCUUAAAGGUCCUCAGCUUGGCCAAUAACUCUAUCCGGGAAGUGGAUCGACGGCUUCUGGUUUCAAUAAGGAAUCUAACCAUAUUGGACUUGUCCUUUAACACCAUAGGUGGUCUACCAGGAGCUCUUGCUGACAGUUUCCACAUUCUGACCCAUCUGUCACUCCAGUACAAUCGUCUAACAAAGCUGGACCGUAUACACCUGGAGGCUCUUGGAAAUCUUAAAGUUCUGCAGCUGAAGGGCAAUCCUUGGAGAUGUGACUGUCAUCUGAUAGGACUCAAACUAUGGUUGGAGACAUUUGCCUUCAAAGGUGGAACAGUGGACAGCGUCACAUGCGUCCAGCCUCAUCUCAUGCUGGAGCGGGACCUCCGGCACAUUCCCUAUGAGCUUUUCCACUCUUGCAUGAUCACCAGCUACAGCUACCUGUUCGCCAACAUCCAUUACCUGGACAACAAACACCGCAUGCUCAGCGGACAGCUCCAUCCAAGCCCCAGAUCACCAUCCGGGAGUGAUUUCAGCCACUCGGGAGAAGCAGUACUCCCCGAGUGUGAGGCCAAGCAGAGAUCCCGACCUGUAAACUACAGACACGCCAUAGCCACAGUGGUCAUCACAGGAGUGGUUUGUGGAAUUGUGUGUUUGAUGAUGUUGGCAGCAGCUGUCUACGGAUGUGCAUAUGCAGCAAUUAAUGCCAAGUAUCAAAGGGAGCUGAAGAUGAAAGCGAAAGAGUCGGGUUUGGGAGAAGAGCAGAAAAACAUCGACAGAGAGGAGGACAAGUAACCUCUGGAGUGAUGUGAAUAUCGGCAUCACAUGAAGCACAUGAAGCACAAAUACACACCAAGGAUUCACUCCAAAGUAUCCACAUACUGUUUUGUAUUUACAAGGUUCCUUUUAAGGCAAGUCAAUGUACUUGGCAGCCAUAUUGGCAAUUGCCCUGGGGCAGCUAUUUUCUAAUUAUGCAAAUACAGCUCCUACCUGAAAAGGAAAAGACAUAAAUCUCUGUCCAUGAAUUAGGCUAGAAAAACUGUAUAUUUCAGGCUGAUCAAACAAAUGCACAUUCAUGUUCUAGUCUAAAAACAAUAGCUGAUACUUUUUGGCAAAAAGGCAGUUGGCUCUCUGUCAAGCCAAAUAGAUAUUCUGUUUUAUAGGACAGGUUUGUAGAUUUUCAACCAGUUUUGUAUUGGUAGUAUAUGUAAAUUAGCAAUGUGUACAUGUACUUUUUUCCAUGUUACCUGCGCCUAGUGCAUUAUGGGUGCUAAAGUCUCCCUACCUUUUUGCCAAAAAUGAGCUAUUUUACCCUGUUUUCUGUAGUCAUGUAACGAAAAAAACCCACACCUUUCUACUGCACAAACAGCCAAGUUUUAUUAAAAGCUCAUCUUGCCAGGACUAAAUCAUAAUUUUUAAUUGUCCAACACAAUGCCGCCAAAGUGUAGUCACCUCACAGUUUGUGGUCUACUACAGAUUUCAAAAUUUUCGAAGGCAAAAAAAUGGCCUGUCUUCCUUGUCACAAUAUACUCCACUACUGCUGUUUACACUAAUGCAGCUCUAUGGAUAACGCAAUAAGCUUUAGUUAGACCAAAGAUUAAUAUGAACAUAUCAAAUGUAUGUUUUUAAUCUACCCUGUUUCACCUGUUUCUCCUUAAACAGGGGACAAAGGUGCGUGAAUGGCUGAGGGUAAUACAAUUAUUGCAUUUCCGCCUGUGAUACAGAAAUUAGAGAUUACACUGGUAGCUGGUAAAAAUCAGUACUCACAUACUGAAACUAUACCUGUUUGAAGGGUUUUAUUUACAGUCUGUGGCAUAAUUUGUGAUCUUUAAUUAUAAAAUAUAAGUUAUGAUGAAUUCCUAUAAGUUCAUAAUUAGGUCAUAUAGACAGAUCCUAAUGUCAGUGUGUUUUAAUGUGUUCUAUGAAUAUUUUUUUGUAAUUCAGCCGUGUAAAUAUACAGAUACAAACAGUGAAUAAAGAGAUUCUGAGCUCUUGAGAAAUGAGAUGACAAGAAUGAAAUAGUGAUACAGAUGGCUUAUGAUGGAUUAUACAAGAUUACAUAAACAUGCACAUAAAGGGUUGAUCUGUCAGAAACGAUCUAUGUAUGUUAUAUAACAUCAGAGCACACAGCUAAGCAAGAACUUGUUAGUUCACAAAAUAUAUUGUACAUGCUACACAUGCUAAAAAUGUAAAAUAAUUUUAAACAACAUUGUGUUAAUUCUUUUUUUAUGAUCACAAAACAGUCUUUAAGAUAAAAGUGUUUUAAAAAGUAUACUGAAUAUUCAUACUCUUAAAAAUACAUUGGUCACACUAUAGGACCAUUUGAAAUGAACUACAGGGAAAAGUGGCACAUUCAUACGCCACACCCACACACUGGAACUAUUUAAUUUGAUAUUAAUUUAAUGCUAUGGCUGUCAUCAAGCACAAAUCACAUUCAAGUUGUGAUUAUAGAUAGAAAUCCUGUAAACUGGCCUUUAAAACACAUCAAGGACACGCACACACAUUCGCAUACAAAUACCCCGGUUACACAAGAGUGUUCGGUCAUCAGCAUGUCAGGCUGCAUUAGUGUGUGCUGCAAUACACAUGUGAAACUGAGCAGUAUCACAUCUGAAGCACUGUAUGGACAUUAUAAAUAUAUAUCUAUAUCUAUAUAUAUAUAUAUAUAUAUAUAUCUAUAUCUAUCUAUAUAUAUAUACAUAUAUACAUACAUAUAUAUAAAUAUUCUUUUCAGAACAAAUAAACCAACACAUUGAGCCAGAAAGCUCAAUUUGUCAUAUAUCUGUGUAUAUGUCUAUGUGCUUGUAUGAAAAAAAAUGUUAUUAAAUAUAUAUGUGCAUUAUUGAUUAGCAUUAAAAACAUAAAAAUGAAAGAUGUAUAACAUACAUCAAAUUUAAAUGAUACAAAAUAAACAUAUAAUACUGUACAGAACUUGAUUUUAGUUGUGUGUAUGUCCGCUCCAAAACAAUGAAUCAUGCGCAGUAGAGAGUGAAAAUCUGUCUGUUCUACUUCAUUUCGCUGUCAGUUAUAAAUAACAUGAAUCAUUUGUGCAUGAGCGUACUUGUGUGUGUGUGUGUGUGAGUG